AUGAAAGAAUUAAUAUCAAAAAAUCAACAAUGUCAAGUAUUAUUUAAUAAUAAUGAAAUAGAACAUUAUCAAAUGCUUUAUGAUUCAUUAAAUCAAAAACAAUUGAAUAAUGAUAAAUUAUUUUCCGUAAUAAAAAUAAAUGAGAAUAACUCAAUGAUGAAAAAAACAACUGAAAUUGAUUGGCAUACAACAAUUCAUCAAAUUAAUAAACAUUCUUACAUAGUUUCUAUUGAUAAAACACAACAACAAGACAAAGAAUUUCAUUCCGAAGAAUUAACAUUAAAAGAUAUUCAUACAGAACUUAUUCAUAAUAAAGAAAAUCUUUUGACAAGUCAAGGUUUUAUUCAUAUAAAAGAAUAUGUUCUUGAUGGUUAUGAAUGUCAAUGUCAUGAACAUAAAGAUUUAUUAAUUGAUGACGAGAUCAAUAAUAAAAAACAUUUAAUUGAUUAUAAACUAGAAUUUUAG